CGAUCAAGUUCUUCAACUCAUGCACAAUCAAUCCUCCUUUCAUGUCCACCUCUACCACUUUAAGCGUCUCUGGACGCGGUGGCUUUUCAUUCACUGAGUGGUUCAAUGCUGACGUGGAUGAUGGAAGCUUGGACCCAGCUACAGAUGCGUUUGAAGAAGCGAUUUGCAUCUACCGUGACCAUCUCACCAAAGAUCAAGACAAGCGCCAAUUCAUAUCUCGUUCACAUGGCUUUGCAGAGCUUCAAGCUACGCUGGCCGAAACGCAGCAAAAGUACGAGUCCCUUCGAGUCAAAUCAAAGACUAGAGAGUACUUGACCAAAUUCUCUAAUCUCCUCUGCCACUACGACAAUGUGAUGAAAUGUCUCAUUCAACACAACCCGGAGUAUGUUUCUUUGGCUUGGGGUGCCAUGAAGUUCUUGUUUGUUGCGUUUGUCAAUCACGAAAAUGCAUGUUCUACCCUCGCCAAGGGUCUUUGCCAGAUUGGAUCGAUUCUCCCUCGUGCAGAGCUAUCACUUAUUCUUUAUCCUACCAAACGCAUGAAGCGUGCCGUCGCUGAGCUAUAUGCCAACAUUAUCAAGUUCUUGGUACGAAGCAAAAGAUGGUACGAGGAAGGGAAGCUGAAGCACAUCUGGCACUCAUUGUCCCGCCCAUCUGAACUGCGAUAUGCCGAUCUUUUGGAAAACAUUAAAGAGUGA